UUUUCUUUCUCCUCGUUCUGGCUCUCUUGCGAUGGUGGGGGAAGCCGCCGCGGCCGACAAGCCCUCGGGGUCGCCGGCGAGCGGCGAUUUCGUCAUCCGCCACUGGCGGCGGUUCCGCCCGGCGACCAGACCGGUGGCCCUGGACGUCGGCCGCGCCUCCCCCGGUGAUUUCGAGCGCGGCCAUCGGACCGGAUACACCAGCCUCCGCGACCUCAUCGGCUCGCCUCCGCUCCCAAGCGGGGCCCUGUCCCCGGCCUCCCCCUGCGGCGGCGACGGGGGAGGGGAGAUCCGGAUCAAGAACCGCCUCGUGAAGCAGGCGGCGUACGCGUACCUCCAGCCGACACCGUCCGCGGGGGGGCACGACUUGCACCGCCGUCGCCGCUGCUUCAGAUCGCUCCGGCAGGCCCUUGCGUUCCUCACCUGCGGCAUCGCGGUGGAGCCGCUCGACUCCUGCAUCGAGUUCCUCCGCCGCCUCUUCCGCCGUCCACGGCGAUGACUCCUCUUGACCCCAGCGCUAACGGCGUUUGACGGCACAGCGUAACGCCCUCCAGAUGCCUUUGUUUGUAGGAUGAACUCGAACGAAUUUGGAAGGUUCGGGCCAUGCAAUUCACAACUGGAAGAUGGCCUAGACAUUUUCAAAGAUUGGGACGGACCACCAGAUUCAAUGAAUUCUUUCAUCCUGGGAUCUUGAGAGAAGAAUAUACAAAGUCUAGGUCAGGGAUAAAAUGAUAGAAGGGGUUUUUCUGCUACUUCAUUUCGUCCCUUGGUUUAUAGUCAUGGAAGAUAUCAGAAUAAAAUGCUGCCGCUCAACGUGGGAAGGAAGCUCGAAUAUGGCAACGGUGUGAUGGGCGUCGCAUUAAGUGGUGCAAUUACGUUCCGUUGUAUGCAUUCAGAGACGAAGCAAAUGGUUGACUGGUCAAGACGAAGAGCAGGAAGAGAAGGGGAAACAGGAGAGAGAGAGAGAGAGAGAGAGAGAGAGAGAGAGAGGACGAGACUGGUUCAGGUUUUCCUGUUGCUGCAGAGGAAGUCGAGAAGAACGGCGUUUUUGCACUUGGGGCAGCACUUGGGGUCCUCCUCGGGGAGCAUCACGUACAUGAGGCAUCGGGGGCAGGCGGCGAGCACCAUCGACGUCGCCUCGGGGCUGGUUUGGCACGGCAGCCCCUGCUCGGUCUCCGACGAUAGGCACGAGGAGGAUGACGACGACCCACGGGGGGAGUCGACGACGGUGGCUGCCCUUCUUGAUGCGUCUUCCCUCAUCGGCGGCGCAAGGUUCAGCUUCAGGUCAACCUUGUGACUCUUCCCAUGGUUGCUGCGGCGGCUCAUCCUUGUUCUCUGCAGGCAACCAUAUAACAGCAGUAGCAUCGGAAAAGCUAUCAUGUGCAUGGUAGACACCGAUGCAUAUACCUCAGAAGCUGGAGGAGAGGCAGCAACCUUGAGCAGUAGAGAAGAUUGACGACGAGUGGAUCGACGGGGAAGAAGAGCAAGGGGUGGAAUCUCCACCACUACGCGUGCACGCCGUUUACCAGUGUUGUGGUGGGGAAGAUGAGCCUCCGAUGCCAUUUAUAUAAGAAGGAUAUGUAUGGUAUUGUUUUGUGUGUGCCCGCGAGAGAGAGGGAGAGUAAUGGCAAAAAAGAUGGAAACCAUAUUGCUCGGUCAGGCGGUGAAAAUUUGGAACAAAGAGAAGGGGUAAGGGGCAAAACAGAGAGUGCGCGGGUGAAGUGGGGCCCGCACGACUCCGUGAGUGGAGAAAGUUCGCGGGUGAGAAAAGCUUGUGACGUUUACAGGGCACAUUAAAAAUAAGCAACAAGGUUGACCGUGCUUCUUUA